CCACUUUCACUCCUAAUUAAAGAUAGAAAGAAAAAAGUGAGAGUUGAAGAUCAGAAAAAUGGGGAAGAUUGGAAGCUCAAUGUUGACGACAUUAAUGCUACUGCUAAGUUUUGCAGUAGUAGCUCUAGGAAAUACUAGUAGUGGUUUACGUGCCUUCUACUUGGUGCAACAGUGGUUGGGAUCGUACUGUAAUCAAAGAGGUACAAGAUGUUGUUAUCCACCAACGGGAAAACCAAAUCCAGAUUUUACAAUAUAUGGACUUUGGCCUUAUUACAAUGAUGGUAGCUUUCCUUAUAACUGUGGCGACGACAACUAUGAUGUUGGUCGGCUUAAACCAUUGGAGCUGAGCUUAAGAAAGUCAUGGCCAUCAUUUACAUGCCCACAAAUAGGAAGGAAAUUUUGGGUGCACGAAUGGAAUAAACAUGGAACUUGCUCCAAAAACAUCCUGGGUGAAAUCCCUUACUUUAAAGCAGCAUUGAACCUUAAGAACAAGGCCAACAUCUACCAAGCCCUCGCAAGGGGUGGAAUCAGGCCAAACAAUCAGUUUUAUUCCCUCAAAUCCAUUAAAAAAGCCUUAGUUCGAGCAAUCGGGUUUCACCCAUGGAUUGUAUGCAACCAUAAUGCACAAGGGAAGACCCAAAUCUGGCAAAUCACAUUUUGUGCUGAUAAAACCGGGAGUAAACUUAUCAAAUGCCCUUAUCUUCCAAGGGGACGUGGGAAUUGUGCUUCAAGAAUCCUAUUCCCUUCUUUCUAUUAACGAAGCUAAAAUUCUUGGCCGUCCAGAUGUUGAACCUUUUUACUUUAACCCUGUACCAUAAAAAUUAAUUUUAUCUUUUCUUUUAUCCGUCGGAAUUUUUUAUUCAGCUCGAAUAAAAAAGUAUACUAAUAGAAGUACGUACAAAGCACAACUUUUCUUGGUGCUUUAUUAUGUUUCAUUGUUAAUUGUGUUGCUGGAUUUUUAACCAAGCAAUAUUUUGUCGUGUGUAUUAUCGUCCUAUACUUUAUAAGAUUUGGUAUUGUGAA